GACGGAUGGAUGGCAAUAACUAUAAAGAGCACCCACCGCCACCUCUCGGAGACACAGAGAGAACUCUCAGAAGAAGAAAGAGAUGACGGUUCGCCGCUUCCAUUCUCUGUUACUCCUCCUCGCCCUCCUCCCCUUGCUAGCCUCCGCUGCGCAGGAGGGGGAGUGCGUGUACACGGUGUAUGUGCGGACGGGAUCGGUGAUCAAAGGCGGCACCGACGCCAAGAUCGGGGUGUCCCUGGGCGACGCGACGGGGCGCGAGGUCCAGGUAAGGGACCUGGUGUCGUGGGGCGGGCUGAUGGGCCCCGACCACGACUACUUCGAACGGGGGAACCUCGACGCCUUCAGCGGGCGGGGCCCAUGCGGGCUCACCAGGCCGCUCUGCCGUCUCAACGUGACCUCCGACGGGGGUGGGGCCCACCACGGCUGGUACUGCGAGUACGUCGAGGUGACGGCCACCGGGCCCCACCUCCCCUGCUCCCAGACCCUCUUCUACGUCCGCCAGUGGCUCGCCACCGACGCCCCGCCCUUCCAGCUCUACGCCACCGUCGACGGUUGCGACCAGGCCAGCGCUCCGAGGAGGCCCAACCUCGUCCUAGGAAACCGCCCCGACACCGACUCUUCCUCCUCCUCCUCCUCCUCCUCAUCUUCUUCUUGAUCUCAUAACCUUCAGGUGUUUUUGGUUUAUUCCCAGAUCCAGAGGUUUUGGUGUAUUCCGUGUGAGAUGUUUCAGCUUGAUGAUAAUGAUGAUGGGCGAUGAUGGAUAAACAAUACCAAGUCUUUCUAUGGCUGUUAUUUCA